AUGGAGCAAGCAUUCCAAAGCGAUAAGCUUGUUCAGACUCUCAAGAUCGAUCCAUUCGAAGAGUUGAAACAACAUCAACAUCAAGCUUCUCAACAUGCUACUCAACAACAGCAGCAGCAACAACAACAGCAGCAACAGCAACAACAAGUACAAUCACAACAACAAACUGUUCAGCAACAUCAUCAACAUAAUCAUCAUCAACAACAUCAGCAUCACCAUCAUGGAAAUGGACAUAUGGAACAAGAUAUGCAUAUCGACUUGAGUGUCGCGUUGACUUCACAUGAAGAGGUGCAUCAUCAACAUCAAGAUCAUGUUCAUCAUCAUCAACAACAGCAGCAGCAACAACAUGAGCAUCAUCAUGAUGUUCUAAUGACUGAGCCGAGCGUCGAUCAAAUGGAGAUAGUCCAACAUCAGGAUCAUCAUCACCAUCAUCAUUCAGAUCAACAUGUUGUCGACCAUACUCAACAUCAUGAUGAACAACAGCAACAGCAGCAGCAGCAGCAGCAGCAGCAACAACAACAACAACAUAUUGAAGAGGAGCACGAAGAUCAAGAUCAACAUAUACAUCAGGGUCAUGAUGCAGGUGGUCUGCAGAUCUCAGAGGAACCAAUGGUGUCCGUCGAAUCUAAAGAUACACAUCCACAUUCACCUCAACACAAUGCCUCACAACAGCUACAACCAGUGGUGGUACUCCAUGAAGAGAGCGAGCAACAAGUGAUUCAACAUGGUGGAAUCGAAAUUGAGACUAUCCACAGUCAUGAAAACACACCUGUUCAACAACACCAUAUCGAUGAUGUACAACAGCAACAGCAACAACAACAUAUCCACGAGGAACAAUCACAACAACAACCAAUUCAUCAUAUCCACGAAGAAUCACAACAACAACAACACCACCAAGAUCAACAACAACAACAACAACAACAUAUCGACCAAAUUCAUCUUGUACAAAAUAACAAUAAUAAUAUUGGUGGUACUGGUGUUGUUCUUAUGGAGGAAGAGGAAGUUGUAGUCGAUCCAGAUCAUCACAAUCAACAUCUUCAACAUGCACAAUCACAAAUCAUGCAUGAUUCUCCUGUGACCACUACAACAACCACAACAACCACUACAACAGCAACAACAAAUCAUCAUCAAUUUGACAGUGAGGAUGAGUACAUUGUUUGGAGUAAUGUUAUCAUUGUACAUGUAGAGGCUGCCAAGCAUGAUAAGAUUACUGGAAAGCGUGGAUCCAUUUCUCAAUCCGCUGGCAAGCGUAAGAAGUCCAAGUCGUCAAAGAAUGGCGAAGCCGUUCCUGUCAACCAACCACUUAGCGACGAGCUAUUCAACCAGAUUCUCACUGGUGAUGUAGAGAUGGUUCGCCAACACAUCGACGCCAAGACCCAACAGGAAACCAAAGUAUUCGACUUUGACAAGCGUGACGAAGAGGGAUUCACACCGCUGCACUACGCCUGUGCCUACAACUGGAAUGGACUCGUCGAGUACUUCCUCAAGAGUGGAGCGGACUAUAAUCGCACCGACAACGAAGGUUGGACACCUUUGCACUGGGCCGUCAAAGCCAACAAUAUCGAAGCGGUCCAGCUGCUUCUCGCGUUUGGAGCCGACCAAUCGGUGCCAAACUACUCGCGCCAAUAUCCAGUGGAGAUGGCGCACGACAAGGGAUACAGCCACAUGGCAGCGACACUCCAAGGUUUGCUCGAUGUACUUGGUCUCUACUUUGGUUUGCGUGGUAGUAACUCUGCUGUCGAUUGGAUGAGUCACUUGGCACGUCGUAAGAGUCCGAUGAAGAAGGACAUGACCACCUCGAACGGCGGUGACAUCUGGACAAAUCUUAGACAGGACACCUUCAACUCUUCGACUAAUCUCGAUAAACUUAAAGACAUCACCUCUGAGAAGAAGGAGAAAACCAAACGUGGAUCCACCAGAAAGGGUGCCGGUGCUGCCGACCAACAGCAACAACAUGCAUCACAAGAGCCAGAGACUGCUGGUGGCUUGGAGUUGAACACCUCCCAAGACAUGUCUAUUGAUAUGAAGUCGGAGGAGCAACAACAUAUGGAAAUGCAGCCAAUAAUGACAAGUGAUGAAGCAGCUGCACAUCUUGCUGCCACUUCCACACAGCAUCAGAUUCAACAACAACAGCAACAACAACAGCAGCAACACGACAGUCAUAUGGAUACAUCUGAUGGAUCUAUCAUCCUCGGACCAGGUCAAGAUUCAACAAAACCAGCACCUGUUACCGAUGGUAUUGGAGCUCCUAUUGCUGUUGUAGCCGGUGUCGUUCAGAAUGGCCAUGAGAAUGACAAUGAGAUCGAAGGUGGUGGAGAUACUACUCAACAACAUCACCAGGAUCACCAUCAUCACCAUCAUCACCAGGAUCAUCAUCAUCAUCAUCACCAGCAACAUAUAGUUCAUAGCAACUCUCAUCUUGAAGAUGUUGAUCAUCAACAAUAUCAACAACAACAAACAAAUACACACCACGACAACUUAUCAAAUGAACAACAACAACAACAAAAUUCACCAUCUUCACCAAGUAUAACAUCAACCACCAACCAAGAUUUUACUAACAAUUCUACAACCUCUUCCAUAUCACAAGAGGAACAACAACAACAACAACAUCACCAUCAUCAACAACAACAACAUAAUUCACCUUUAGAAUCGAAUAUCGAAUCUACAAUACAUGAACAACAUGAUGAUCAUCAUCAUGAUCACAUCAUCACCCAAACAGACCAAUCAGAUCAAAACGAUCAUAUUGAACAACAUCAUCAAUCUAAUGAACAACAAUCAACGGAUCAACCACAACAACAAUUAAUUGAAGAAAUUGAUGAUCAUAUUAAUGAAUCAUAA